AUGUUCAUACGAGCGGAGCACCAGCAAAAACGAUGUCCACAGGGACCACUAAGAAUGAAGGAGGGAGCAUUCCCCAUUGGGCUCCUGCGGCAUUCGUACCUGUCUCUUCUCAUUUGGUUCAUUCGUGAAUCGUGGUUGCCAAUUGGACGAGCAGCUGCCUCCUCUCGCAGACGCAAAGUGCCUUCUUUCCAAGAUUGCCAGAGUUCACAAGUUCCCGCUCCCUCGGGCGGCCCCACUCAUAUACUAGAAGGGCGCGACUCAUCGAUACGUACCGCUCGCUUGACCACAAAAAAGGGGUGGUCGCCAACGAGCCGCAAGCGAGGCAGCCACAGAAGCGUGGUGCUUGCCUGUCUCGGGUUCUUCGAGCACCCCGACAACCCGCAGGCGGCAGGUCCGCAGACACUCUUGACCAAAAAGACAAACAAGCAGUUCGAACUCAGGGUAGUAAAUAUCUUUGCGCACUCUUCGGAAAAGAUGCGCCUUGGCCCGAUCCUGGCCACGUCGCAGCCCGUUCCAACUGGGCGAUCAGCACAGCCGAUAUACGACGAUUUACGGCAAACGCACCCACCCCUGGGCCCUGGCCCGCCGCCCAACCGAAAACCUGUCCGCCAGAUCUGCGUCUCUCAGAUUCCCACAUGCCUCGCCCACCGGCUCAGGGCCCAAGGACCCGUCCAGAUUAGAUUAAUCAGCUUCGUCCGAGAUCUGUCUCCCGGUUCCGACUGGAGUCAUCCACUCCGACCGUCAUGGUCUACCGGGCGGGCUGCACCAGUACUCCGAGAUCCACGGCACAUUCUUCCCCUUGUAGUCUUCGCCGGGUCACGCAAUCCACAUGGCAUGACGGCAGCGAGCAACGCCAGACUAGGUAUCAACAGCAGCCGCCGCGAGACAACGUCUUAG